AUGGUGGCUGCCACGGAGCUUCCUGCCGGUCGGUCAAGAGGAAACGAGUCGGCGUUGCAUGUGCGACGUGUCGCGCGCAUAAGAUACGCUGCGACGGUGUGCGACCGCAGUGUGGAACGUGUCUUCGUCGCAGAGAGGGCUGUGCGUAUGAGGAUAGCGAUCAGCGCGAUUCGAGGACUUGUCUCGCGACCGCUGAACAACGACGAGCCCACGAGGGGCUUCUUCGGAGACUCGUCCACCAUCGCCUUUCUCAAGCAGUUACAAGACACGUUCCGGUCGAAAACGUCCGGUCCGCUGCGGGAUUUCCCGUGUCAGUCGCGCCUAUCUAGGGAUCUUGAAAGCCUUCGCCCUAAUCCCGAGGGUACUCCUCAAUUGAGUUAUGCUCAGUUACUCCCAACGCGGCCCUUGGCAGACCAUCUGGUUGACUGCUAUUUUUCCAAGAUCCAUCUUUGGGAGCCGGACAAAUCUCCCUCGAGCACUCGGUCCACUCGUGGUCUCGGCCUUGGCGACGAAAAUGUAUCGCGCACCACGUUCUAUUACGGACUGAACGCGAUCUUUGCUACGGGUUGCCAACUCUCGAAUAUCGUGCAGCGCGAGCGACAAACCACCUCCGAGGCCUUUUUUCAACCAUGCAAGCCCACCCUGGACGUGGACUAUCUCGAGACCUGCGACCUGGCAUUGACGCAGAGUCUUUUACUCAUGACGCACUACGUUCAAAGCUCACAGACGCCGAACCGCUCCUGGCAUGCGAUCGGCACGGCGUGCAGACUGGCCCAAGGGAUUGGGCUGCACUCGGACGCGGGAAACGAGACUCGCUCGUUUCCUGAGAUUCAGAUACGAAGGAGAGUGUGGCAUGCUUGUGUGAUGUUGGAUCUGGCGAUCAGUAUUAUACUUGGGCAACCGGUCAUGAUAUCCCAGGCGCCGUCUACACCGUUACCGGACCCUAUUGAUGAUCGUUAUUUGCUUGUGGAUUCUGCGAUCUGCGAACAGUCUCCUGGGACUUUCUCUCGUUUACAGUGGUUCAUUGCUACGCUCAACCUAUACGAUAUUCUGCGAAAAGCUUUGAAUUAUCUAUAUGAUAAUUAUGGGGGUCGAUUUAUUAAAGAACCUCUUGAGAGACGUCGAGCCGAGACCCUCCAUUGGGAUGAGACCGGGGCGGACGUUUCUGAGGACCCCUUUCUACGAGAGAAAUACCUGCUUAAGGCCAGAUUCUUGUCUUUGAAGAUUCUUAUCUGCCGACCGGUCCUUUCUCAGUCACUGCGUGAGACAUACCUGUCCGUAGAGAAUGAAUCCCUUCGAUCCGGACUUCCCGGGCCCGGCAUAUUUGCGAAUUUGAUCAAGGGCUGCUCGGUGUUUCGCGAGGCUGCAAUUGAUUUGAUAUCCUUGGUGCACGAAACCUGCAGUACCGACCUAGCCAGUGUCUGGUUUUAUAACGUCUUUUACUCAACCGGCAAAGACGGCAACUCCACAGAGAAUACCGGAGAGCAUCUCGGGCUUUCGUCCGACAAUUUCGAUCAAAUGCCUUUUUCAGAAAAUCUAUUCCGAGAUCUGGAGUUUGACGGUCAAACGAUAUUUGAUCCUUUCUGGUUCAACAUGGAUAUUGGAGCCUAG